ACUUCCACUUGCCUUACUUCGACAAGAAGCCCUGCAUCUACAUCAAGAGCUGGUGGCAGGACCAGCGGCGCAGGCUGUACAACUCCAACAUCAUGGACAAGAUUGCCGACAAGCUGGAAGAGGGGCUCAACGACGUGCACGAGAUGAUCAAGACGGAGAAGCCGCACCCCGAGCGCCGGCUCCGGGGGGUCCUGGAGGAGCUGAGCAGCGGCUGCUUCCGCUUCGUGACCCUCGCCAACAAGGACGAGAACCACUCCUCCCGCACCCGGCUGGACCGCGAGCGCCUCAAGUCCUGCAUGAGGGAGCUGGAGAACAUGGGCCAGCAAGCCAAGACGCUGAGGUCCCAGGUGAAGAAAAACACCAUGAAGGACAAGCUGAAGCUGGUGCAGAACUUCCUGCAGAAACUGCGCUUCCUGGCCGACGAGCCUCAGCACAGUAUUCCCGACAUCUUCAUCUGGAUGAUGAGCAACAACAAGCGCAUUGCCUAUGCCCGCGUCACCUCCAAGGACAUCCUCUACUCCAUCGUGGAUGAGGAGACCGGGAAGGACUGCGCCAAAGUCAAGACCGUCUUCCUGAAGCUGCCCGGCAAGAGGGGCUUUGGGCCGGCCGGCUGGACGGUGCAAGCCAAGAUGGACAUCUACCUGUGGCUGGGCCUCAACAAGCAGCGCAAGGACUUCCUCAGCGGCCUGCCUUGCGGCUUCGAGGAGAAGAAGACUGUCAAAGGCCAAGGCAUCCCAUCCUUCCCCCCCAUCAGCCUCCUCUACACAAAGAAACAAGUCUUCCAGCUCCGUGUCCACAUGUACCAGGCCAGGAGCCUGUUCGCCGCAGACAGCAGCGGUCUCUCAGACCCCUUCGCCCGGGUCUUCUUCAUCACCCAGAGCCAGUGCACAGAGGUGCUGAAUGAGACCCUGUGCCCCACUUGGGACCAGCUGCUGGUCUUCGACAACGUGGAGCUGUUCGGAGAAGUCCAUGAGAUGCGGGACGAUCCCCCCAUCAUCGUCAUUGAGAUCUAUGACCAGGACACGGUGGGGAAGGCAGAUUUCAUGGGCCGCACCUUUGCCAAACCGGUGGUGAAGAUGUCGGAUGAGGACUACAGCGGGCCGCGCUUCCCGCCCCAGCUGGAGUACUACCAGAUCUACCGGGGCAACUCCACCGCCGGCGACCUGCUGGCCGCCUUCGAGCUGCUCCAGAUUGGCGCCGGGGGCAAGUCGGACUUGCCCCCCAUCGACGGUCCCACAGACAUGGACCGGGGCCCCAUCCUGCCUGUGCCCAUGGGGAUCCGGCCUGUGCUGAGCAAAUACAGAGUGGAGAUCCUCUUCUGGGGGCUGCGGGACCUGAAGCGCGUGAACCUGGCGCAGGUCGACCGGCCCCGCGUGGACAUCGAGUGCGCCGGCCGGGGCGUCCAGUCCUCCCUGAUCCAGAACUACAAGAAGAACCCCAACUUCAGCACCUUAGUCAAGUGGUUCGAAGUGGACCUCCCGGAGAACGAGCUGCUGCACCCGCCCCUGAACAUCCGGGUGGUGGACUGCCGGGCCUUCGGGCGCUACACCCUCGUGGGCUCGCACGCCGUCAGCUCCCUGCGCAAGUUCAUCUACCGGCCCCCAGACAAGAAAGCCCAGCAGUGGAGCACCACAGGUGAGAUCGUCGUCAACAUGGAGCCAGAAGUUCCCAUCAAGAAGAUGGAGACCAUGGUGAAGCUGGAGGCCAACUCGGACGCGGUGGUCAAGGUGGACGUGCCUGAAGAUGAGAAGGAGAAGAAGAAGAAGAAGAAGAAAGGUGGAGCGGAGGAGAUGGAGGAAGAGGAGCCCGAUGAGAGCAUGCUGGACUGGUGGUCCAAGUACUUCGCUUCCAUUGAGACCAUGAAGGAGCAACUUCGGCAGCAGGAGGCAGCCGCAGCAGAGGCCGAGGAGAAGGAAGAAAUGGACAUAGCAGAGGGCUCCAAGGGCCAGGCCAAAACCAAGGAGAAGGUCAAGGCACCUAAGGAGGACAAGAAGAAGAAGCAGCAGCAGCAGCAGCAGCAGCAGCUGCCUGAGGUCCCUGAGAAGAAGAACAAGCAGAAAAUUGAUGAGAUGAAGAUAUUCAACAAAGAGCUGGAAGCCGAGUUCGACAACUUUGAGGACUGGCUGCACACGUUCAACCUCUUCCGGGGCAAGAUCGGGGAUGAUGACGACAGCACGGCAGAUGACGAGCGCAUCGUGGGGAGGUUCAAGGGCUCCAUGUGCGUCUACAAAGUGCCACUCCCGGACGACAUCACCAAGGAGGCAGGCUACGACCCCAACUUCGGCAUGUUCCAGGGCAUCCCCAGCAACGACCCCAUCAACGUGCUGGUCCGUGUGUACAUCAUACGGGCUACAGACCUGCACCCUGCCGACAUCAACGGGAAAGCUGACCCCUACAUUGCCAUCAAGCUGGGCAAGAUGGACAUCAAGGACAAGGAGAACUACAUCUCCAAGCAGCUCAACCCCAUCUUUGGAAAGUCGUUCGACAUCGAGGCCACCUUCCCCAUGGAGUCCAUGCUGACAGUAGCAGUGUACGACUGGGACCUGGUAGGCACCGACGACCUUAUCGGGGAGACCAAGAUUGACCUGGAGAACCGCUACUACAGCAAGCACCGGGCCACCUGCGGCAUCUCCCAGACCUAUGCCAUCCAUGGCUACAACAUCUGGCGGGACCCCAUGAAACCCACGCAGAUCCUGUCCAAGCUGUGCAAGGAGGGCAAGGUGGAUGGGCCCCACUUCGGGCCCAGCGGACGGGUGAAGGUGGCCAACCGCGUCUUCACUGGCCCCACCGAGAUCGAGGAUGAAAAUGGCCAGAAGAAGAAGACGGAUGAGCAUCUGGGGCUGAUGGUCCUGCACCACUGGGAGGACAUCCCGCGCGUGGGCUGCCGCUUGGUGCCCGAGCACGUGGAAACACGGCCACUGCUCAACCCCGACAAGCCUGGCAUCGAGCAGGGCCGGCUGGAGAUGUGGGUGGACAUGUUCCCGAUGGACAUGCCAGCGCCAGGCACGGCCGUUGACAUCUCGCCCAGGAAGCCAAAGAAAUACGAGCUGAGAGUCAUUGUGUGGAACACGGAUGAGGUUGUCCUGGAAGACGAUGAUUAUUUCACCGGGGAGAAAUCCAGCGACAUCUUUGUGCGAGGGUGGCUGAAAGGCCAGCAGGAAGACAAGCAGGACACAGACGUCCAUUACCACUCACUGACGGGUGAGGGCAACUUCAACUGGCGUUACAUCUUCCCCUUCGACUACCUCAUGGCUGAGGAGAAGAUUGUCAUCUCCAAGAAGGAGUCCAUGUUCUCCUGGGAUGAGACUGAGUACAAGAUCCCUGCACGCCUCACCCUGCAGGUCUGGGAUGCCGACCACUUCUCCGCUGACGACUUCCUUGGCGCCAUCGAGCUGGACCUCAACCGGUUCCCACGAGGUGCCAAGACGGCCAAGCAGUGUACCCUGGAGAUGGUAACAGAGACCGACCUGCCCAUGUUCUCCAUCUUCAAGCAGAAGCGGGUAAAGGGCUGGUGGCCAUUCAUAGCCCGGAACGAGGAUGAUGAGAUGGAGGUCACGGGGAAGGUGGAGGCUGAGCUGCACCUGCUGACAGCUGAGGAGGCAGAGAAAUCCCCCGCGGGGCUGGCACGCAAUGAGCCCGACCCACUGGAGAAGCCCAACCGCCCCGACACCUCCUUCAUCUGGUUCCUCAACCCGCUCAAGUCCAUCAAGUACCUCAUCUGCACCCGCUACAAGUGGCUUAUCAUCAAGAUCGUGCUGGCUCUGCUGCUCAUCAUCAUGGUGGGACUCUUCCUUUACAGCAUGCCUGGCUACAUGGUCAAGAAGCUUCUGGGGGCAUGAGGUCGCCAGGGACUGGGCCGUGGGACCAUCCUGUGUCCCGCUGCUGCCGCUGCUUCUCCUGGUUUGCAUUUCUUCUGUUGUGUAUUUGUUUUCCAAGGAUGGAGGAA